GCUGCUCGGGCGCCGCGGCGGGGCUUCCCCUCUCUCCGGCCGGCCCCCUGCCCCCCGCUCCGGGCAGCAUGGUGGACCUGGACAGCGAGGUGCCGCCGCUGCCGCCGCGGUACCGCUUUCGGGACUUGCUGCUGGGCGACCAGGGCUGGCAGAGCGACGACAGGGUGCAAGUUGAAUUCUAUAUGAAUGAAAAUACAUUUAAAGAGAGACUAAAGCUCUUCUUCAUCAAAAACCAAAGAUCAAGUCUGAGAAUACGAUUAUUCAAUUUCUCUCUCAAGCUCCUAAGCUGUUUCCUAUACAUAAUUCGUGUGCUCCUGGAUGAUCCUACACAAGGACUUGGAUGUAAGGAAUUAAACCGGAGUUGUUCCAAUCAAAACUACACACCUGGAACAAUUGAUUGGUCUCCCAUUAUUUGGGUGAAUCGAAGCUUACCUUUAUGGGGAUUACAGGUGUCUGUGGCUGUAAUAAGUCUCUUUGAAACUCUGUUGCUAAGUUAUCUAAGCUACAAGGGAAAUAUCUGGGAACAAAUUCUGAGAAUACCCUUUCUCCUGGAAAUAAUUAAUGCUGUCCCUUUCAUCAUCACGAUUUUCUGGCCAGUCCUAAGAAACCUGUUUAUUCCUGUAUUUUUAAAUUGCUGGCUGGCAAAGCAUGCUUUAGAAAAUAUGAUUAAUGAUCUUCACCGAGCCAUCCAACGCACACAGUCCGCAAUGUUUAACCAAGUGCUCAUUUUAAUAUCUACCUUACUAUGUCUCAUCUUCACUUGUAUUUGUGGAAUUCAGCAUCUGGAACGAGCAGGAAACAGGUUGACUCUCUUUGACUCCCUUUAUUUCUGCAUAGUGACAUUUUCUACUGUGGGCUUUGGGGAUGUUACACCCAAGAUAUGGCCUUCAAAGCUGCUUGUUGUCAUUAUGAUCUGUGUUGCUCUUGUGGUGUUGCCCAUACAGUUUGAACAGUUGGCAUAUUUGUGGAUGGAGAGGCAAAAGUCUGGAGGAAACUACAGCAGAUACAGAGCUCAGACAGAAAAACACGUUGUGCUGUGUGUGAGCUCUCUGAAGAUUGACUUACUCAUGGAUUUCUUAAAUGAAUUCUAUGCCCACCCCAGACUGCAGGACUAUUAUGUGGUUAUUUUGUGUCCUACGGAGAUGGAUGCUCAGGUCCGAAGGGUGUUACAAAUCCCAAUGUGGUCCCAAAGAGUUAUCUACCUGCAAGGCUCAGCCCUAAAAGAUCAAGACCUAUUGAGAGCUAAGAUGGACAAUGCUGAAGCCUGCUUCAUCCUGAGCAGCCGCUGUGAGGUGGACAGGACAGCAGCAGAUCACCAAACUAUUUUAAGAGCUUGGGCAGUUAAAGACUUUGCUCCAAAUUGUCCUUUGUAUGUUCAGAUACUGAAGCCUGAGAAUAAAUUCCACAUCAAGUUUGCAGAUCAUGUUGUAUGUGAAGAGGAAUUCAAAUAUGCUAUGCUAGCUCUAAAUUGCAUAUGUCCAGCUACUUCUACAUUAAUCACUCUGCUGGUUCAUACAUCUAGGGGACAUACAGCCCCAUGGGAAGCUUUCAGACAACUCACUGGAACCAAGCAGACAUCAAACAGAGAGAGUCAGCAAUCACCAGAACAAUGGCAGAAAAUGUAUGGCAGAUGCUCUGGUAAUGAAGUGUAUCACAUCAACCUGGAAGAAAGUACAUUUUUUGCAGAGUAUGAGGGGAAGAGCUUCACAUAUGCUUCUUUCCAUGCACAUAAAAAGUUUGGAGUCUGUCUGAUUGGUGUUAGAAAGGAAGAUAACAAAAACAUUUUGCUGAAUCCAGGUCCUCGAUAUAUCAUGAGUUCUACUGAUAUAUGCUUUUAUAUAAAUAUCACCAAAGAAGAGAAUUCUGCUUUUAAGAAGCAAGAAAAGCAUAGAAAAAAUCAUGAAUCAAAAUUAUCUUAUCAUGGAGCUUCUAGGUUACCAGUACACAGUAUAAUAGCCAGCAUGGGGACCGUGGCCAUCGAUCUGCAGGACACGGGGUGCCGCGGGGCCAGCGGUGCCACCCUGGCGCUGCCCGCCCAGGGGGGCAGGGAGGGCAGGAGGCCCAGCAUCGCCCCCGUGCUCGAGGUGGCUGACUCCUCCUCCCUGCCCACCUGCGACCUGCUCAGCGACCAGUCCGAGGAUGAAACCACCCCCUCCGACGAGGAAGGCUCUGCAGGCUUUGAGUAUGCCAAAGGCUAUCCUCCUUACUCUCCUUAUAUUGGAAGUUCUCCCACUUUUUGUCAUCUUCUGCAUGAAAAAGUACCCUUCUGUUGUCUAAGACUAGAUAAGGGGUGCCAACAUAACUACUAUGAAGAUGCCAAAGCCUAUGGAUUCAAAAACAAAUUGAUUAUAGUUGCAGCAGAAACUGCUGGAAAUGGCUUAUACAACUUCAUUGUCCCACUGAGAGCUUAUUACCGACCAAAGAAAGAACUAAACCCCAUUGUAUUACUGCUGGAUAACCCGCCAGAUAUGCAUUUUCUGGAUGCAAUCUGUUGGUUUCCAAUGGUUUACUACAUGGUGGGCUCUAUCGACAACCUAGAUGACUUAUUAAGGUGUGGGGUCACCUUUGCAGCUAACAUGGUGGUGGUGGACAAGGAAAGCACGAUGAGUGCUGAGGAAGACUACAUGGCAGAUGCCAAGACUAUUGUGAAUGUUCAAACCCUCUUCAGGUUGUUCUCCAGCCUGAGCAUUAUCACAGAGCUAACUCACCCAGCCAACAUGAGAUUCAUGCAGUUCAGAGCCAAAGACUGCUAUUCUCUUGCUCUGUCCAAAUUGGAAAAGAAAGAGCGGGAGAAGGGAUCUAAUCUGGCAUUUAUGUUUCGACUGCCCUUUGCUGCUGGCAGGGUUUUCAGCAUCAGCAUGUUGGACACACUGCUUUAUCAGUCAUUUGUGAAAGAUUAUAUGAUUUCUAUCACAAGACUUCUGCUGGGACUUGACACCACACCAGGAUCUGGGUUUCUUUGUUCUAUGAAAAUCACAGAAGAGGAUCUAUGGAUUAGGACAUAUGCCAGACUGUACCAGAAGCUUUGUUCUUCUACAGGAGACAUUCCAAUUGGAGUCUACAGGACAGAAUCCCAGAAGCUCACAACAUCUGAGUCUCAAAUCUCCAUCAGCGUGGAGGAUUGGGAGGACACCAAAGACACCAAGGAGCAGUUCAGCUGCCGCGGCAACCACCGCAACUCCACCUCCAGCGACCAGUCCGACCACCCGCUGCUGCGGAGGAAGAGCAUGCAGUGGGCACGGCGCCUGAGCAGGAGGGCGCCCAGGCACUCUGCCAAAACUGCUGAGAAGAUCAACCAGCAGAGAAUGAACCUCUACAGGAGGUCAGAAAGGCAGGAGCUCGCUGAACUUGUGAAGAACAGAAUGAAGCACCUGGGCCUUUCUCCAGCAGGAUACGAUGAAAUGAAUGAUCAUCAGAACACCCUUUCCUACAUCCUGAUCAACCCUUCUCCAGAUACAAGAUUAGAGCUGAAUGAUAUAGUAUACUUGAUCCGACCUGACCCAUUGACUUAUGUUCCAAAUGCUGGAUCCAGCCGAAAGAACAGCUUCUGCAAUACAGUGGGACAGGACAACAGGGAGGAGACACAACUUUGAUAUGGAACUCACCACAACAUUCAGAGACAGUUUUGUACACAUGUUGUUUCCACUAACCAUUUUGCAAACUGAAUGGUAUAUUUUAUUCAGAUUUUGGAAACAAAAUGACAGUGGGUAAGUGACCAAAUGCAGAAAUGCGGUGCCUAGAAACUCUGAUUUCAGGGAUUGUCAGGUCUGUGGCCUGUUCAGUAUGGAAGUUGAACUUUGUCAGCCUAGCAGAAUGAUGACAACCUGUUGCUAUUUAACCCACAUGAACAAAUGUCAGAUUCUACCACGUUUUGCUUAGAUGCUCCUAAGCAUAUUUAGGUGGCAGCAUGUCAGUGACUGAGCUUCUGACCAGUAUCAGAUUAUCUGAUGCCCAUAGGGAGACAAUGCCUGAUUUGUAGUAGCAAAUAUGUUAAGACCUAAAGCUGCCAACAAGGCUUUGUGUGUCAAGAAUUCAGUCUUUGAAAUUAUUUUCAGUCUCAGCCUAUCUCCCAUUUUUUAUUAGCACAGAUUAGUUUCAGUCCCAUUUUAGCCUCCAGGACCUGGGUUUUUGUUCCCUGGGUUUACACAGACCAGGCUGAAUGACACAACCUGGUCACGCUGCAGAGGCUGAGAUUGAGACACAUCAGUGACAGAAGAGCCCAGCUGCAGGAAAGUCCCUCCCAUUUCACACAGGCAGCUCUCCCAACACUGGCAAAAAACUGGGGAGUUACUGUGUGAAGCUGCAUACAGGGGUAGCUCAGGUGAAACAAUCCUUUGAACCUUGGUGGGUUUUUCUAUAGAAACCUGAGUAGAUUAUAACACAGAAGUGAGAGCAUCCCUCUAGGGAAUGACUCCUACAACAAGCCCUUAACAUUUUCAUGAUUAUGCCAGAACUACAGUUUGUCCAUAGCAUUUCAUGCCUAGUCAUCCAGAUACCUUUUUACAUGAAAUUACGUAUCUCAUUGAAGAUUAAAGAAAUUUAUAACCCAUUCACAAAAUGAAUGUAAUUCCACAUAGUUUGAAAAAGCAUUAUGGAUCUAAAAACUCUGCUUUGGCAUGAGGUACACACAAAAGCAUCUGCUUGUGUAAGAAGCAACUAAAAUUGGUCAAGCUUUCUACAGAAUUAAGCAUGUCUGUCCGUGAUCUUCCAAAAUCAUUGUCACAAAUAGGGAAGAACAUACUUGAGGUUUUAAACUCCCUUCUGUUACAAGUGUCCAUAUAGACCCAAGUAAUUUUGCAGGUAGUCUAAUAUGGGAAAAAUUAUUAUUCUCUGAACUCUCUUGAUGUCCUAUUUGUAAAAAAAAAAAAAAAAAAAAAUCAGUCAAAACUGCUUGUAUUCUCUUCUAUAUUAAUUGGUGGAAGUACAUUCUAUUUCUAAAACAGAAACUACAACCAGAUUGCCCAGCAAGCAGCUCUUGAAUGUGAGCCUGUUUAUCAGCGUUGUACGGAUACUGAAAUCAAGUCACGUUCAUAUUAGGAAUGACAGCAAAUCUGCUUUUACUUCUUGCCUUCCUUUUAAUGAUUGCAAGGUUUAACAAUUCAGUGGUUCUGCUUAGAGUCCAUUAUUGCUCAGUGCUUUUCCACACUGGAGUCAUUCACUAGUUUAUUCACAGAUAAAGUAUUUCAAAUGGGCACUGUGGGAAACAAACAAUUGAAACAGCUGCACAGACUGAAGUCUACAUUUUUUCAGAAAGAAAAAGAAACAGUAUAUGGUACAGGAUCCUGUCCAAGACCUGCCAUAGAAGUUACCCAGAAGAGUUUGCAUGGGCAGUGUGAAUAACUUUUCUAUUUUUAAUACCUUCAGGGAGAAGACUCUAUUCCAGUUGAAUAUUUUUUUUAAAAAAUACAAGUUUCUUAAAAAGGUUCAUUCCAAAAUAUUAGACGGAUCUGUUGUUGCAUACGGAAGGCUUCUCCAAGGAGCCUCAAGGAGGCAGAGAGGCUUCCAGAACCAUGGCUAUCCUCCAGCAGGCAAGCUGGACACUCUGCUUUUAGCCUGAGUCACAGUUCACAGGAAUUCCUGUGUGUGUGUACAGCACACACCACUGAUUUAAGGACUCUCUGCCAAAAGGAUCCAUAGUGAGGGCUUGAGCCCUCCCAUUUAACAGCCCACAAAGCAGCAGAAAUAAGCAGCCAGCUGUGUCCAUUUGCCCACUUAACUCAGCAGAAUUGCUGCUUGGCUAGAUUAGAAUAGUGGCAUUUAAUGUGACCUGGUAUUUCUCCAGGCUUAAUGAAUUUCUAAUUGCUCAUUAGCCUCAGAAGAUUUGCUAAAGCAAACACAAAGACAGCUGGAGACACUUGGAGUCCCUAAAAUGAAUGCAAGGCAAUCUUUGUGAACCAACCACUUAGUUCUCUUCAAAAUCUGCUGGAAGACAAGCAAGGUAGUAAAAACUAACAACAGCUUCUGAUGAAGCAGAAGUUCUAAUAACCCAUGAAUAAAGUAUCACAAAGUUCAGCUGUUCAGAAUAAUGCUGUCUUUCAUGUUGAAAGCAGAACAGGUUUGCUUCCUCUGGAGUAUCUUCACAGACAGACUGCAUUCUAGUGGGAUUUUCAUCUUCCAAGACCAGCCUAAGCACCACUACAUUUUCCCUGAAUGAGACAGUAUGCACGGUCCCUCAGUGGCCAGGGAGGUGAUUCUUUAAUGGUCAUCCUGCAGGCAAUCUUAUGUUCACAAACUUUUUUCUCAUCAUGAUUAUCAGAAAUGUAACACAAGCCUAACUGGACUGGAGACCAGACUGAGGAACAGGAGUCUCAAGGCUCAGUGCUGGAGAAGGGAUGAUGAAGUUCUAGAAUGGGCAGGCUUCUGUUGAACAGAGGGGUGUGAGCAGGCAACAGUGCACUCAGUAGAGGGAGAAAUGUGGAGCUGCGAAAAAAAGAUUAUUUCUUUCUGUAUUAACUGUAUGUAUUUUUCCUCCUGGCUCACUUCUGUCAACAACCCAAAGAUGGCCCUCUUCCCCAGCACUGCCUUAGCACAGCCCAAGCAGUUUGGCACCCAGAGUCACAGACCCAGACAGGAAAGUGCUAACUGAUAAUAACUGCUUCAUUCUCAAGGGAAUUUCCAGCAAAGCCGGAACCUAUGAAAAUGUGUUACCUAGUCUGCAAUAAAAAAAGUCUCAAGAACUCUUUCACUGGCAUGCAGUGUGUUUCAUUAACUGUUUCACUCCAAUUCCACAACACAAUGAAUUCAGGUACAAAGUAAAAAGCAUAAAGUUCUUGAGUUUUUGAAACUUGCAAUGGAAAUGAAUAAUUGAAGUUGUGACAUUUUGUCUCAGUAAUUAAGAUCAGUUAUUUCCCAGCAUAGAUAUUUUCUCUCUCACAAACAACUUUAUACCACAACUACACUUGAACAACUUCCAAGUAUACAAAUGCAAAUUACUGAAUAUUACACUGCUUUAUUUACCCAUGCACCAAAAAAAGCUAAAGAACAAAUAAAUGUUAGGCUUCAGCAAAGAGGAAAACUGAAAUGACAUCAAGUGCAGCAGAGGUAACACACAAUUCUCUGGUUUCUCUGGAGAGUUAGGGCUGUAAGUAAUCAUUCUGUAAUUUUGGAACACUGACAUGAGAUUUUGCAGCAUUGAAUUCUGCUUGAUAUCCAAUGGAAACCAGCCACUAAAAUCUGGAAAUGAAUUAAUAACAUAAAGCAGUUCUAUGCAGGUACAUCAAUUUGUACCUCAAGGUUAUAAAAAUACUUCUUCAAGGCAGUGCUAUAAAUGCAGAAUUUAUAAAACUAAGAAAUAUGCAUGAAAUAUGGUUGCAUAUUCUUGAUAUUCUAUUAGAAACAACCCUAUCCACCUUGAAACAGAUGUACAAUGAAUAAAUGUCUAAAGAGCAGCACUUCAAAAUUUCAGCCACUGUUCCUUGUGCUUGUAUGGAAUAUGCAUUGCAGUGAUACAGGAAAUGAGUUAAUAAUUCAUAUUAAGUUACGAGAGAUGACCCAGACUAUGAUUCUUUUCAUUUUCUGAAGCUAAUUGAAAAUAUUAAUGAUAAUAUUGUUAUAUACUUAAUUAUUGCCUCCACUGCCAAUGCAAGGAUGUCAAUAAUGGUAAUUCAACACAAACUCCUAAGAAACUUAAACAGGCAAAUAUUUCUAUUUCAUUAAGUAAAAAAGCAAGCAUUUGACAUUCCUGUGAACUAAAUUUUCUACAAAAUCUAGACUUUAAACUGUUAUGAUUUGGAACUGCCCCAUGCCAACCAGCAGAGAGACUGGGAGGCAAAGCAUGGAAAUGAAAGAGUAAGUACUACUUCAUGUGCACACCAAUUACUGAUCCUACUGAUCACUUCUAUUUCUUGUAUCCUUUCACCAGUAUGGGCUGGCUGAUGAACUGGUUCAUUUUGCUGGCAAGUCUAUAGCUUUUAAUAGUUUUAGGUUUGGUAUUUAUUCCUUCUAGGAUUUAUAAACUGUCACUGUUUCCAUAAAUGUACAGUGGUGUGGCAGACUUCAUAGACUCCAAGCAAAAGCAAUGAAUUAGUAUCUUUAUAGCCUUUUAUUUGUACAGCUGGCAAGUCUUUGUUAAUGCUUAUUAGUGAUUAUGCUGCUUGUGCACUCAGCUUUAGGUUGUGGUGAAGCCUCCAUUACCUUAUCUUAUACAAUCAUGGAAUCAUUAGGGUUGGAAAAUGCCUCCAAGAUCAUUUAGUCCAGCCUUUCACCAAGCACCUCCAUGCCAACUAAACCACACCACUGAAUGCCACAUGCCAUGUCCUGUCAUUUCUUGGGACACCUCCAGAAAUGUUGACUCCACGACUUCCUUGGGCAACCUGUUCAAAUGCUUGACAGCUCCUUUCCAUGAGGAUAUUAUUGCUGAUGGCCAACCUGAAUCUCCCCUGCAGCUUGAGGCCAUUUCUUCUCAUCCUGUCUCUGGUUGCUGGCAGAAGAAACCAACCACCUUUCUAUGACCUCCUUUCAGGCAGUUGUAGAAUGGGAUAAGGUCUCCCCUGAGCCUCCUUUCCCCUCCAGGCUCCUCCUCAGACCUGUGCUCCAGGCCCUUCCAGGCUCAGUUGUCCUUCUCUGGACUCAGUGCAGCAUCUCAAAGUCUUCCUUGGACUGGGAGGCUCAGGAUUUGAGGUAAGGCCUCACCAGUACUGGGAACAGAGGGACAGUCCCUUCCCUGGUCCUGCUGGCCAUACUAUCCCUGAUAAAAGCCAGGAUAUCCUUGGCAUCCUUGGCUACCUUGGCACAGCUGGCUCUUGGUCAGCUGCUCUCAGCCAGCAUCUCAAAGUCCUUUUCUGCUGGGCCCCAUCUUCAGGAAUUACUGAAUGACCUGGAGAACUUUAUUGCCAUCCAGGCAAUAGGAGAACAUGUGAGGGUUGAGUUUGUUGGGUUUUGCUCACCUUUGUGGGUUGUUUCUCCACAACCGUGCAUGACAUGGUGCUCCCCACCCAGGUAAAGGGAACAGACUGCAGAGUCAAGCUCAUUGCAUUGUUUAAUGUAAGAUAAAGUUGUCAGCUAUACAAGUGAUGCCUUAAGUUUUAGCUUUCAUGUUUUUCAGAUUCUGCGCUGCCUAGGGGUGUAGCUCUGAGCUUCAUAUGAAGUGUCAGUAAGUUCUCUUCACAAGGUAGGUAGACAAAACAAUCCUAUUCCAGCUUGAGAUCAAGGACAACCAUUACAAUUUUCAGGCCCAAAAGUAUAAACAAUGGAUAACUGAAGAGAGCGACAAGGAGGAUGGAACUUCAUAACCUGAAGCUGUAAUUGGACAACCCCAAUAUGCAAUGGACCAAGACGUAUAAAAGGGAGAGGCCUCGAGACCAGUCAUCCAUUUUUGUGACCAUUUUGGGUCCAUUUUGGGUGUAGCCUUGGGCAGGCUCUUGUACUGCCCAAGGUGUAUCCAUUGAGACCUUUUAAUAAAUACCUACUUUAUUCC